AUGUCUUCAAACACAAAUGAACUGCAUCCCGAUAGCGAUGAACCUCCCCUAUAUGACCAGUCGAUUUAUCUGAAGUUACAAGACCUAACAUACCUAACAUUUGUCUUCAUUGGUAUAGGACUUCUCUGGCCGUGGAAUUGUAUCCUCAGUGCUUCCCAAUACUUCAAACAUGAUAUAUUUCAGGAUACCACCAUAUGGUCCAAGAUAUUCACCAGUUCCAUGAUGACAACUUCAACUCUCUCUUCUAUGAUCUUUAACAUUUGGUUAUCGAGGAGACAACAUAGUUACUCACAACGUGUCAUCAGAGGGUUAAUAUGGGAAAUAAUAGUAUUCAUCCUGCUCACUUUUAUAUCAUUGGGCCACCAUUGGACUCCCUUAUGGUUCAAUUUCGUAAACGUGAUGAUACUGGUCCUUUUAAGUUCAGUAGCUACAGCAAUGACACAGAAUGGGAUUAUGGCUAUUGCAAAUGUGCAUGGUGGUGAGUAUAGUCAGGCAGUAAUGGUGGGUCAGGCCAUUGCAGGUGUCUUACCUUCAGUGGUGCUACUGCUUGUAUCUUUCCUGAGCACUGGAAAUGAUGAUGCUGAUGCGUCAUCUUCCAACAAUGGCGGAAUAUUAUUUUAUUUCCUAACGACUGCUUUAGUUUCAGCCAUUUGCAUUAUAUUAUACAGAAUUACUAAAGUGGAUUCGAAAUUGAAGGAAAAUAUAGGAUCAUAUAGUGAGGAAGAACCAUUACAAAGAGUUGGAGAAGAUGACACUGCAACUCCAUUCAAGAAGGAGAAUGUCCCAUUUGAAGCAUUAUUUACAAAAUUGAGGUAUCUAGUUCUAUCAAUCUUUACAACAUUUAUGGUAACUCUUGUGUUCCCUGUCUUUGCCUCGACAAUAACUGCAACAAAGAUACCGAUGAAAGAUUCGCAAUACAUUCCUUUGAUUUUCACAGUCUGGAAUCUGGGUGAUUUAUAUGGGAGGGUGAUUGCAGAUUGGCCCAUCUUUAGAAACCCCAACUUUACAGCAUUCAAGGUUUUCAUUUAUGCCAUACUGAGAAUCAUAUUCGUUCCCUUCUUUUUUAUCAUUGAACAUAAGAAUAACACGACGCAUUCCAUCAUGCUUGACGUAUGCUACAUCCUAUUACAAUUUUUCUUUGGUGUCACUAAUGGACAUGCAAUCUCGGUCAGUUUCAUGAAAGUACCUGACCAGUUGGUGUCUGAUGAUGAGAAGGAAGCCGCUGGGGGAUUCACAAAUAUAUUCGUAUCUACGGGGUUAGCCGUAGGGAGUGUCUUAAGUUACUUGGUGGUUCUAUUUACGGGCCACUAG